UCCCGCUGGCGUUCAGCACGCGCCGCAGUCCCGUGCUGCGACUGAAUUGUGCGUAACCAUGACAACAGCGACAGCAGCAGCAGUGGCGGCGGCAGUGGCGCGGUGAAGCCGCGCUUUUAUUCCUCCGGUGAACGGAAAUCUGAUCUCUCUCUCUCACACACACACACACACAUGCACACGGGCGCUAUACCUACUCCAUCUUAAUGCCCUAGGAGCGGACAGAACCGGAACAGAACCGGGAGUGGUGUGGACCGGAGCGGGGUCUCGCGGCACAGACUAAACGCUGCUGUCGCUGGUGCAGAAGGAGGAGUAUGAGGCUCGUGGCUUCCCCUGUGCAGACUUUAUGGAAGGAAGCGGGGUAUAAACACGCCUCAUGUAGGACGGGGUGGAGUUUAGCAGGAAGUCUACACCUUCUGGAAUAUUUCAUGAGGAACAUUUUUCUCAUGUUCUCUGUGUAUCUGUAUGGAUCUCCAUCUGGUUUUCCAGGUGAUGGAAUAGGUGAUGUCUGAAGUACAGGGCACUGUGGAGUUUUCUGUGGAGCUGCACAAAUUUCACAAUGUGGAUCUCUUCCAGAGAGGGUUCUAUCAGGUGAGGGCGGGGCUGAGAGUGUCACCACAUGUUCCACACAGAUUUAUAACCACAACACCUGGGCAUACAGGUGAGUGCAGUUUCACCAAGGCUGGAGUGUACGAUGGGGUCGUGUUCAGUCGGAUAUUUCAGAUCCUCUACAGGAACGAGGAGGUUUCGCUGGAGGACCGUGUCAUCUUUCGAGUCCACCUGCUACUGGAUGGAGACAGGGUAGAGGAAGCUCUGAAUGAAGUGGACUUCCAGCUGAGACUUGACCUGCACUUCACUGAUGUUGAGCAACAGUUGACUGAUAUCUCUUCAGUGCCUGUGAUCAGCAGUAGGACUCUGGGUCUCCAUUUCCACCCACGCAGCGGCCUGCACCACCACCUUCCUGUCAUGUUCGACUACUUCCACCUGUCCGUCAUCUCCAUCACCGUCCACGCCUCUUUAGUGGCUCUACACCAACCACUAAUCAGUUUUGCACGCAGCAAUAAAGGGGCGUGGCUGGGAAAGGGCUCUCCGGAGAAUGAGGCUCCGCCUCCUGUGAUGUCAGUGGAGAACCUGAUGUUCGGGGCUGGAUACUGUAGACCCAUACUCACUGAGGGCAGUUUUUACGUGGCAUCAGAGAACUGCCUGCAGCGAGCUUAUACGUGGCACAGGACUCUCUGUCGCCUCCUGCUGGCUGCCUAUACAGGCCUGAGCUUCUCCUAUACAGUGCUGAUGAAGGACAAUCCUGAAAUGCAGCGUUGUGAAAUAGAGGAGCUGCCGGUUGAGGAAACGCUGAACAAGCUCACCAUGGAGUUACAGUCACAGAGCGGUCAUGAGAAGGUUGCUGAGAAGAUCUCUCGUGAUCUGGCUCAGCUGUGUGCCAGACUUGCAUCUCUUUGGGCACAGUUUGUAGAGGCAGCUGUUCCAAAUCCACAGGUCCGCAGCUACCUCGCCCAGGAGCACCACAAGCUCAGGGUCAGGAGAUUCUCAGAGGGCUACUUCUUUACUGAACAUCCCAAAGAGUCUUCACUCACCUUUCAGGAGGAUCUUAUCAGUAAGCACGCUCAGACGGCCGUGGACUUGCGGAGUUCAGAGUAUCUCAGUCUUAUGCCCCCUCUGCCAAUCGAGUGCCUCGAUAUUGAUGGUGACUGGAACAGCUUACCAAUCAUCUUUGAGGACAGAUACGUGGAUGAACCCUGCUUAGAUUAUAAACCACAUGUGCCAAACCAGAUGGACUCAAACACUCAGAAAGCUACCGAUUCUGAUCAUACAGGAAAGCAAUCCAUGUCCCCAUUAGAGAGGAGACCUCAAUCACCAGCAAUAAGCACCAAGGAUCCUGCCUCUAAAGACUUCAUGGACCUACCCACGUACAUGGCACUAAUUGGAAGGAAGACGGACUUCGUCACUGACAGAGAGGGGAACAUGGUUGAAUUGGAAAGUCCAGUUGGUUCUUUAGAUGGGAAUACAUGUAUAGACAUAGCUGAAACUGAGUUCGAAUCCAAAGUUGAAUCAAGUGCUGAGAGUCAUCAGGAAAGCGAGAUAAGAGAAUUGGACAGACCACAAUGUGAGAACACCAAGGAGCUGUCUCAGCAAGAUCCUGACAGAACUGGCUUGAAAUACAUAAAGGUCACGCCUAAUGAUUCUGACCCAUACAGGGGGGAUGCCGUGGUACUUAUUCAGUCAAAAACCUUAACAGUUAGUGAUCUCACUAUCUCAGAUAUUUCUGAUAUUUCUGCAAAUCCACAAAACAAUGAUUCAGAGAUCCAAGCCAUCUCUGAAUCCCAUGGCAGCAAGGAAGAAGAAACUAUUCUGAAGGACACUUGUACAGAAUCACCAGCUUUGACCCAAGCAAAAAAUGAUGGAAGUGCUGAUACAUUAUUAGUUAAUUCUUCUACAACAGACCGACCAAUGACACCUCCACACAUUCUGCCUCUGGACCAUCCCUUGCCUGAGACACCUCCAAGAGCUGGGUUUCUGGGCAAGUUGAAGAUAAUGAAGCGUUCUUCCUCUGUGAUCUCUGACUCUGGAAUUGAAAGUGAACCCAGCUCCGUGGCCUGGCCCUUGGACAUCCGAUCCGGGGUUGCUGGAUGUCGCGACCCCGUUCACCUUUGUCGUCGGCGAGUGCAUCGAAACUCCCUGGAAGGCCUUCAGACUGAGAGCCAUGGAAGCCUGCCCAGUGCUACCCAAGCCUCGCUAAGCUCUAUCAGUUCACUGCCUUAUGAAGAUGAGGAUGAAGAACGGCAAAGGCAACUCAACACACUCACCAAAUCAGCUUCUGCUCCACAGAUCAGCAGCCCUGACAACAAUAAUGACCAUGUUAACCAGGACCCAACCAAUCAAGGAAAGGUUGUCCUGGAGCCAUCUAAUCAGAUAACAACAAAAGGAGAAUGUGGCAAAGUAGUUGACAGACAGGAUAUAUCUAAUCAGGAGUUGUUUGAGGAGAAGACAGAAGAUAUCAAAACGGAUAAUGGGUUGAUAAGUAACAUUUCAGAAGUAUUACUUUUUCAUGAGUUUGCAAAAGAAACACCUGAGGAUGCAAGUAAUCAUGAGGAUGUAAAAGACUGUAGUGGUGUGUUGCUUGAUGGAGAUUCCAGUCUGCUUAAUGAAAACAGUGGACUUUGUAACACUGAUUGUUGUGAACACAAUGUGUCAAACACAGGAACUGGUAAUGAUCCUGAUAGUCACAGUGAUGCCAUUAGCUUUCAUGACAUUCAUCUUAGUGAGCUUGAGGAUGGUGAGCAUGAGAAUAUCUUAGACACAACAAAUCAUGAAAACCAGCUCAGGCAUAAUGUUGACAGCCAAGCUAGCGGUAAAUCCAGUGACCUCAAGGAGCUUCCAGUUAGUGGAAGAGAGCAAAAGGGGAAGGAUGGACAUGCCAGGACCAAUCAGGUGCCAAGUUCAGGCUUCGCAUUUAUGAAUAAAAAAGUGGUGGAGGUGGUGAAUUUGUCUGUUUCCUGUGCACCAACCUGCCUUCCCUUUUCUUCUGUGCUUCGUGACUCACCAUCUGUCAGUGGCCUCUCUGCCCGACAGGCCAGUUCUCCCAUUACCCAUCAGCCACUGGGAUCUUUUGGAAUCAUCUCAUCCUCUUCCUCCUCCAUAUUUCCUGAACAGGAAAUCAGUGAGAGAAUGCUAAAUUUUUUUAAAGCUAAAGAGGCAUUUCUGGGGAAGCUAGCAUUCCGAGCUACACUUUACAGUGAUCUUCCUCUCCUGGCAUCUGAUCAUCCGUACUUCCCUCCUGAAGAGGAGGAAGAGGAGUUUGAGGAUGGAAUCCACCUGGUAGUGUGUGUACAUGGCUUAGAUGGUAACAGUGCAGACCUGCGCCUAGUGAAGACCUUCAUAGAACUUGGCCUGCCAGGGUCGAGGCUUGACUUCCUCAUGUCUGAACGCAAUCAGACCGACACGUUCGCAGAUUUUGACACUAUGACAGAUCGGCUGCUGGACGAGAUCAUUCAGCACAUUCAGCUCUACAACCUCACCGUGGGAAGAAUCAGUUUCAUCGGUCACUCUCUGGGUAACGUGAUCAUUCGCUCGGUGUUGACCAGGCCUCGGUUCCGCUGCUACCUCAGCAAACUGCACACCUUCCUGUCGCUGUCCGGCCCUCACCUCGGCACGCUGUUCAACAACAGCACGCUGGUUAGCACAGGACUGUGGCUGAUGCAGAAGCUGAAGAAGUCUGGAUCUCUGCUUCAGCUCACCUUCAGAGAUCACACAGACCCCCGACAGACCUUCCUGUACACACUCAGCCAGAAACCUGGAUUGCAGUUCUUUAAGAACAUCGUGUUGGUAGCAUCUCCUCAGGAUCGGUACGUCCCCUUUCACUCAGCUCGCAUCGAGAUGUGCAGGAACGCUCUGAAGGACAGGAGCACAGGUCCGGUGUACACAGAGAUGAUAAACAACCUCCUUCGGCCGCUGAUGGACGCUCCACAGUGUCGUGUGAUCCGUCACAACGUGUUCCACGCCUUACCCAACACUGCUAACACGCUAAUCGGCCGAGCGGCUCACAUCGCUGUGCUGGACUCCGAGCUCUUUCUGGAGAAGUUCCUGCUGGUCGCCGGGCUCGAGUACUUCAAAUAAUCGAUUAGAUCAUAGUGUACUGACCAGUCAGAAAAUAGCCAAUCAGGCUGGUUCUUGGCUGCAGAAAGGGCUCAUUACAUCUGAGCUCAUCAUCUUUAAAUGGCCAAUCAGAUUGCAGCUUGGAGGAGAUCCAGAAAAUUAGAUCAGGUUUAAGAUUAGAUUCACCUCCCGAUGGCCAGAAGAGUGGCUCAAACCCUGACCAAUCAGAUUUGGGGUUGUGCUAAUUGUUUAAAUCUUGAAAUAAGUCUAAUAAAUAAGAAAUAAGUCUUCACUGACCAAUUAGUGCUCUUCACUGACCAAUCAGUGAAUCAGAUUAAACCCAAUCAGAACAUGCUUUUCUUGAAUGUCUGUCCAGGUCGUAUCUCACUGGCCACUAAAAUAUUCCUCAACAUGGUAGCCUCCAGAUCUGAUUCAUCUGCUUUAAAUGGCCAAUCAGAAUGUAGCUUGGUGGAGAUCCACGAUCUAAAUCAAGCCAAAUUAGAUUAAUCUAGAGAUUAGAGUCAAUACCUGAUGGCAAGAAGAGUGGCUCAAACCCUGACCAAUCAGAUUUGGGUUUGUGCCAAUUGUGUAAAUCCUAACAGCCAAUCAGAUCAUGUUUUUCAGCACUUCACUACAUCCACUGACCAUUCAGUGAAUCAGUGAAACUCAAUCAGAUUUGACCAAUAACAUGCUUUUCUUGAAUGUCUGACGAGGUCAUAUCUUACUGGCCAAUAAAAUAUAUUCCUCAACAUGGUAGCAUCAAACCAAUCAGAAUCAUCUGCUUUAAAUAACCAAUCAGAAUGUAGCUUGGAGGAGAUCCGCAAUCUAAAUCAAGCCAAAUUUUAACGCCUGAUGGCUCAAAGAGUGGAGCAAACCCUGAUCAAGAUUUGGGGUUUUGCUAAUUGUGUAAAUCCUAACAGCCAGUCAGAUUCAUCUGCUUUAAAUGGCCGAUCAGAAUGUAGCUUAGAGCUCAUAAUCUUCUAAAACAGCAGUUCUUAGCGGAAUCAGAUGACGGAUCAGAAGAAGAACGCAGAGUAAGGUGAAGAUUUUCGUGUUAAACAGAUGGAAACAAUGUAUGCAUGUAUAUAGAAAUGUACAGUAAUUAUAUAGCGAGAAGUAUAUAGAGAUAUAAAGAUAAUAUAUCGGCAUCCCAGUGACUUUUAAAGGGACUAAAAUACUAAAAGAGUAUUCCUUUAUGUUCCAUUUGAGCGUCCGUGCUACUGACCGCCAUGUUAAAUCAUCUACAUGUAAAAUAUCCGAGCUAUUCUCUCAUCAAUCUUCAUCAAAAAUAAAGUAAAAGUCUUUAAAAGUCACUUCCUCCGGACUGGACCUCAUGACAUUCACGGCCAUUUUAUUUAUCUGCACUUCAUCCCACCCCCCUGCUCUUCUCCCCGUCCUCUACAUGUCACCCUCGUCCACCAUGUCAUCCUGUCCCGAGACGUCCCGCUGAGCCUCUUUGUGUUUGUGUUUGUCGAUGGAGUUGACACUAAUUGUUCGGUAAACGAGCUGCCAGUGUGAUGGACCGUAAUUGAAUUCCGCUUUAGAAUAUUCCAGGCUGACAGAGGUCACAUAGAAGGUCACAUGACUUUGCUGAGAGAGGAGAGAGUGCUGCGUUCGACUAAAACUCCGCUACUCGGCAGGUGAUGUCAUCCACAUGGACACACACGAAAUGGACAGAGAAUAAAGUUCUCUGCUGAUAGGCGGGGUGAGCGAACAUCUGGGUCACGUGUCCGUGUUUGUUUCCCUGCUUAGUGUCUGGAAUUUAGGAAAAUGAAACUACUAAACAUAAUGUGUUAAUUCCCAGAAUGCAUUACUGUACUUAGUACCUCAGUGUGUGUGUGUGUGUGUGUGUGUGUGUGUGUGUGAAUGAUAGAGAGAGAGAGAGGGAGAGAAAAGUAAAGAGGAAAAGAUGUUGAGAGAAACAUAAUACAAACAUAUAUAUGUGAUCAUUGUGUGUGUGUGUGUGUGUGUGUGUGUGUGUGUCCUCACAGGCAGCUAUGUUUCAUGAUACCAUUGCACUGUUGUUAAUUGUUUAGCAAACAUUUUCUGUGUGUGUGUGUGUGUGUGUGUGUGAGUGUGUGUUUCUCUGAUCUGAGCUGUGAUCAUGUGACCAAUCAUCUAUGUAUGCCAAUCACAGUGCAGUAUUUUCCCAGUAGCUUUGACCCAAAUGUAUAAAUAUAAAUACUACUGUAUGUAUAUUCAGUAAAUGUAUUACAUUAUAGAGAUAUAAAUGAACAAUAUGAAAUAAAUAGUAUUCUUAUUUUAA